AUGGCCUGUCAGCUAUCUACAGUCCAGAAGAGCGCUUACACACGCACGCCCCUACGCCCCGAACACUUGCGCACAGUGCUUCCCUUGCGUAUUCUGUGGGACAUGAAGCAGCGACCUAUCACUGUGGGAGCUCACAGCUCCUCUUGCGGUUUCCCUAUUUGGAUAGUAGACAUUCAAGAGUCGUUCGUCCAUAGACAGCUAGAGGCAGGGAAUAAGAACGAGACGCAAGAUAAAGAGGUUGCGAAUCGGACGGUACACGGCUGGCUGUAUACACAGGCCACACAGGCCACAGGCCCUUCAGGCAGUGUUCAGGAACAGGUCCCGCGCCGAGCAUCAACAAGACGGCUGAACGGCGGUUGA